AUGAAGUUUGAGGAUUUGAAAAUCGACCAAAGAAUUGAGAAAGGAUUAAGAGAAAGUGGAUUUGUAGAUAUGAAAGAAAUUCAGCAGAAGGUUAUUCCAAUGGCACUGGAAGGACAUGACAUAAUUGGAUCUUCGCAGACCGGAACGGGAAAAACGCUUGCUUUUCUUGUUCCCAUUUUGCAGAAGUUAACCGAUCUCCAAUGGAGCGGAGGAGAUGGUCUUGGAUGCGUGAUAAUCACUCCAACACGUGAACUGGCCUUACAGAUAUUCGACGUCCUCAGUAAAGUUGGAAAAUACACUGUAUUGAGCACAGGAUUGAUUAUGGGGGGACUUGAGACAGAAAACGAAUCUUUAAGAUUGAGCAAUAUGAACAUUCUAGUAUGCACACCGGGGAGGUUUCUCCAGCAUCUGCAGGAGAAUCCUUAUCUAAAUACCGGGGGGAUCCAGAUACUGGUUCUUGAUGAGGCCGACAAGAUGAUAGAGAUGGGGUUCAAAGAGACUUUGGAAGAUAUACUUGGGUACAUUCCUUCUAAGAAGCAGACCUUGCUGUUUUCUGCAACACCCAAAGCCUCAACGGCUAGAAUCCUAAGGUUAGAAGAUCCCAAGAUCGUUUCUAUGUAUAAGGAAGAGGGAUUUCCAUCUCAACUACACCAAUAUUUCUAUAUGAUGAGGAUGGAAGACAAGGUCAAUUAUCUACAUACGUUUAUUGGAAGUAAUCCUGGAGUUAAAGGAAUUGUAUUCUUUAGUACUUGCAAAGAAGUUAAGUUUCAUUAUCUUUUGUUUGAAAAGCUUAAGCUUCGCAAUAGAAUCUUUUGUCUCAGCGGUGGUAUGUCGCAAAAGCAAAGAAUAGAUACGUUCAAAAAGUUUGUGAGAGAGAAAAACGGAAUUCUGUUCUGCACGGAUCUGGGCUCCAGAGGACUGGAUUUUCCUAAAGUUGAUGUGGUUAUACAAUAUGAUUGCCCAUGCAAUAUUGAAACGUACGUCCAUCGUGUGGGAAGAACAGCCCGAAAUAAUGAGGGUGGAGAGUCCUAUGUGUAUCUUGUUUAUGGAGAGGAAAAACUUCUUGGGGAUAUUCAGAAGAAAGGAUGGAUUAAAAAACAAGAAACUGAAAGUAAAGAUGAAGAAGACAGAGGUAGCUCUGAAGAAAUUGUAGAGGGGCCAAAUAUCCGUAUCAAGUCCAUUGAUAGGAUGAUUAAAGGCCUUAUAAAGUCAAACAAGGAACUUAAUGAGUAUUGUAGGAAGUAUCUUACUACAUACGAGAAGUUCCUUACAUUCAGUAGUAAAAGAUAUUCCGAGAGCAUAAUAAGAAAGAUCUCAAUCCUAUACGAAUAUUUUGGGAUUUCAAAAGAUUAG